AUAAUUCGUGAAGAAAAAGCAAGGAAACGGGUCAAUCUGAAUUUGUAAAAAGUUAAAAACUUAAACCUUAAAAAGCAGAAGAUUUCAAAUGGGGGACUGCAGCGACCCAGACUCUUCUAGUGAAUGGGAGCAGGACCCUGGGGUUAUAUCCAUACCAGAAUUAAGAUACGGCUCAAAUUUGACCCCUCGCCAAAGUUCCCUGGCGGGACUUCCAAUGGGAAAUUCUGGAGUAUCACAGCAAAUCCAUAACACCGGGCCUAUUCCCGUACUCGGGCCCUCCGGAGUUAGUUCCUACUUACGGAGCUGUUCCCCUGGACGGGUUCCAAAGGAGAAUUACGGAGACUCGGUCUCUUCUAUCGACAGAAACCCAUACAUGUUCCGUCGUUCAAUGGAGUAUCCCAGCGACACAGAGUCAAGUGAAACCAGCAGUAGCUCCGAUAGCAACAUGAGCUCCAACGAACCAUCAACAUCAAUGGGAUAUACUAACUCAGAUUCUAACGAGAAUUCUCCUACGAACAUACGGAUCAAAUCAGAUACCGAGGAGUCCACGAAAUCAGUCAUGCCCUACAACUGCCCUGUGUGGCUGGAAGACGUCCGCGAGAAGAAACCAGUGUCCACCAAUUGUGGCCACAUUUUCUGCAAAGCGUGCAUUGUGAGAGCUGUCGACAUGGGGAGGAUAUGCCCAUUGUGCGGAGUUGAUGAGCCCAAAUUCCAUCGUAUUUUCUUGUAAGACGUGAUAUUCACACCUAAAGACACUGUUGCUCCAUUAUAACAACGCAAACAUAAAUCUUAU